AUGGACAGGAACGGGAAAAGGAAAAAUCCAAAAUUUUCAAUUACAAUUUGGAAUUGCUAUGUUGAUGAAUAUAACCUUCCAAAAACUAAUAAUUCGGUAGAAGGAUGGCAUAAUAGUUUUUCAUCCAUAUUAAAUGCUAUUCACCCUAGCAUUUGGACAUUUAUAAGAGCCCUACAAAAAGAAGAAAAACUAAACCGUCUGAAAAUGGUCCAAUAUUGUACUGGAGCAGAAACCCCUAGAAAACGAAAGAAAUAUAAUGACACCGCUGAGAGGAUAAAUACAAUAUGUAAAACGUUUAAUAAUAGAACAUUUGAUGAAUAUAUAUCCGGGAUAGCUCAUAACUUAUAA